AUGAGAGAGAGGAGAGAAAGAAGGAGAGCCAGGAGGAGAGAGAGGAGAAGAGCCAGGGGGAGAGAGACGAGAAGAGCCAGGAGGAGAGAGAGGAGAGAGAGGAGAAGAGCCAGGAGGAGAGAGAGGAGGAGAGCCAGGAGGAGAGAGGAGAAGAGCCAGGAGGAGAGAGAGGAGGAGAGCCAGGAGGAGAGAGAGGAGAAGAGCCAGGAGGAGAGAGAGGAGGAGAGCCAGGAGGAGAGAGAGGAGGAGAGCCAGGGGGAGAGAGAGGAGAAGAGCCAGGAGGAGAGAGAGGAGAAGAGCCAGGAGAAGAGAGAGGAGAAGAGCCAGGGGGAGAGAGAGGAGAAGAGCCAGGGGGAGAGAGAGGAGAAGAGCCAGGAGGAGAGAGAGGAGGAGAGCCAGGAGGAGAGAGAGGAGAAGAACCAGGAGAAGAGAGAGGAGAAGAGCCAGGAGAAGAGAGAGGAGAAGAGCCAGGAGGAGAGAGAGGAGGAGAGGGAGAAGAGCCAGGAGGAGAGAGACGAGAAAGAGCUAGGGGGAGAGAGAGGAGGAGAGCCAGGAGAAGAGAGAGGAGAAGAGCCAGGGGGAGAGAGAGGAGGAGAGCCAGGAGAAGAGAGACGAGAAGAGCCAGGGGGAGAGAGAGGAGGAGAGCCAGGAGAAGAGAGACGAGAAGAGCCAGGGGGAGAGAGAGGAGAAGAGCCAGGGGGAGAGAGAGGAGAAGAGCCAGGGGGGAGAGAGAGGAGAAGAGCCAGGAGAAGAGAGACAAGAAGAGCCAGGGUGAGAGAGAGGAGGAGAGCCAGGGGGAGAGAGAGGAGAAGAGAGAGGAGAAGAGCCAGGGGGGAGAGAGAGGAGACGAGCCAGGGGGAGAGAGAGGAGAAGAGCCAGGAGAAGAGAGACGAGAAGAGCCAGGGUGAGAGAGACGAGAAGAGCCAGGGGGAGAGAGAGGAGAAGAGAGAGGAGAAGAGCCAGGGGGAGAGAGAGGAGGAGAGCCAGGAGAAGAGAGACGAGAAGAGCCAGGGGGAGAGAGACGAGAAGAGCCAGGGGGAGAGAGAGGAGAAGAGCCAGGGGGAGAGAGAGGAGGAGAGCCAGGGGGAGAGAGAGGAGGAGAUCCAGGAGAAGGACACGCACAGAUUCGCUGCACAACAUUUUAACAGUGAACUCCCAGAGCAGUCGAUCUGA